UUUUCUUCCAUGAUGUUGAAUGGGUCUGCUCUUCUUUUCACUUUGGUGGCCAAAAUCAUGUUUUUUGAUGAUUUAUCAUGUGGGUGGUGGUGAAUUCAUCUGGGCGUGGAUAGAUUUUUGUGGGUUGUUGAAUCUUUUUUCCCCUCUUUUCGCACACGGGGUGUGACCAUCAUGGUUUUCAAGGGUAGUAGCUUGAUGAUGUUUGUGAAUCAAUGAAGUGGGGUUGCAGAAUUGUAUGUGGGUUGUCGAUUUCAAGGGGUAAUUGGGAUGUUCCAAUUCUGGAUUUUAGGGUUUUAGGCUAGUUUCUUUUUUCUUUUUCUUUUUCCUUAAAUCAAGUUGAUUUGGAAGCUGGCAUUAAAUAUUGAUUAGCUUUUUGUACCAGCUUCAUUUUCCUGACAAAAAGAAUUUUAAGUGCAAGAGAACGGUAUGACAAGUAAGAAUUGGAUGAACAAGAGAGGAUUCAGCAUUAGAGGCAGGUUGAGGAAGAUGAUGAAGUGCAUUUGUUCAGAGCAGUUAAGAGUGGAUGAAAUAAUUCCUUCGUCGGAGUCUCUGGCGACCCGGGACUAUUCUGCAAGUGGAUACUCUUCUCGAGCUGGUGACAAUGAAAGGAAGCCCGAUACAAGCAACAUUGAGGAAGCAGAGUCAUCUCUUCGGGAAAGUGGUUUUUUGAACUAUGAGGAAGCAAGAGCUUUAUUAGGAAGGCUUGAGUAUCAAAAAGGAAAUAUAGAAGCGGCUCUUCAUGUAUUUGAAGGAAUAGACAUUGCCGCUGUAACUCCCAAGAUGAAGCUCUCCAUUGCUAGAAGGUGCGAACUGCACAGACGCCGUUCACAAAGUGAGGCUAUCCCACCUAUGUCCAUGCAUGCUGUUAGUUUACUUAUUGAAGCAAUUUUCCUCAAGGCAAAAUCACUGCAGGCUCUUGGGAGAUUUGGAGAAGCUGCUCAAUCAUGCAAAGUUAUUCUGGACACUGUUGAAUCUGCAUUACCUGAAGGCUUGCCUGAGAACUUUGGUACUGAUUGUAAAUUGCUGGAGACUCUGAACAAGGCUGUUGAGUUGCUUCCUGAGCUUUGGAAACUUGCUGGUUCUCCCCAAGAAGCAAUCCUGUCAUAUCGGCAGGCCCUCCUCCAUAAUUGGAAUCUUGACAUGGAAACCACAACAAAGAUAGAAAAGGAAUUUGCAAUAUUUCUUCUGUAUAGUGGUAGUGAUGCAAGUCCUCCAAAUCUUCGUUCCCAGAUGGAAGGCUCCUUUGUACCAAGGAACAAUAUAGAAGAGGCUAUUCUUCUGUUAAUGAUUCUGCUAAGAAAGUUUGUUCUCAAAAGAAUUGCAUGGGACCCAUCAAUCAUCGAUCACCUUUCAUUUGCUUUGUCUGUUUCAGGUGAGUUAAGGACUCUUGCCCAUCAGGUUGAACUCUUGCUUCCUGGAAUCAUGGAAAGAAAAGAAAGAUUUAGCACUUUAGCUCUUUGCUACCAUGGGGAAGGUGAGGAUAUGGUUGCUUUGAAUCUGUUGAGGAACUUGUUGAAUAACAGAGAUAACCCAGACUGCAUACUAGAAUUAUUGCUGGCUUCAAAAAUUUGUGGGGAGAAUGUUGAUUGCACAGAUGAAGGGACAGAUUAUGCUCACAAAGCACUUUCCAAGUUACAAGGAAGAUGCAAACAGAUGGCAAGUGUUGCCAAUUGCUUACUCGGUGUUUCAUUAUCUGCUAAAUCAAGAUCUUCUCCCUCUGAUUAUGAUAGGAUUCUGAGACAGUAUGAGGCACUUGAGGCACUAGAAACUGCUGAAAGAACAAUGAUAGAUAGGGAUCCGAAUGUUGUAUUCCAUCUUAGUCUAGAAAAUGCUGAACAGAGAAAGUUGGAUGCUGCACUUCAUUAUGCAAGGCAGCUGUUGAAAAUUGAGGCUGGGUCUAGUGUUAAAGGGUGGAUCCUUUUGGCUAGAAUAUUGUCUGCUCAAAAACAGUUUGAAGAUGCUGAGUGUGUAAUUAAUGCUGCUAUGGAUCAGACUGGGAAGUGGGAUCAAGGAGAAUUGUUGCGUACUAAAGCUAAACUCCAGAUUGCACAGGGCCGUUUAAAGAAUGCAAUAGAGACCUAUACUCAUCUUCUUGCUGUUCUUCAAGUUCGGAAUAAAAACUUUAGAGUUGGGAAGCAACUUCUGAAGAACAGGGCAAACCAUCACAGAAGGUUGGAAAUGGAAACAUGGCAUGAUCUAGCUAAUGUAUACACAAGCUUGUCACAGUGGCGGGAUGCUGAGGUCUGUCUUUCAAAAUCAAAGGCUAUUGGUUCUCAUUCUGCAUCUAGAUGGCAUUCAACAGGUUUACUGUGUGAGGCUAAGGGACUUCACAAAGAGGCAUUGAAAUCAUUCGGGAAAGCUUUGGAUGUUGAACCAUCCCAUGUCCCAAGCUUGAUCUCCACAGCAACUGUUCUGAGAAAGCUGAGCGACCAAUCAUUACCAGCUGUGAGAAGCUUUCUGACUGAUGCUCUCCGUAUCGACAGAACAAACCCUUCUGCAUGGUACAAUCUUGGGUUGGUAUGCAAAGCUGAGAUGGGUGCAUCGGCAGUGGAAGCUACCGAAUGUUUUGAGGCUGCAGCAUUUCUUCAAGAAACUGCACCAGUUGAACCCUUCAGAUGAUAUCUCUAUGCACCAUUUUCUCCAUAGAUUCAUGAAUGUAAAUUAUUUCAUGGAAAUGUGUUUCUCAACUCUCUCUUUAAUUUUGACAGUUCAAAAUGUAUUCAAAUAAGAAGCGUAAAAAGGAAAAGAAAUUUCCACUUCUAAUUUUCA